AUGAACAGUGAAGGUGACAUGUGUGUUAAAGAUUCUAGUAUCAUGCUCUUUGGUAAGAAGAUUCCGGUGCCGGACAAUCAUAUUCCGGUGAGUUCUCAGAUGAGUUGUAAGAUUCAGGCAAACUCUACAACAAUGAAAUCUUGCAGUAACUCAAAGCAUAGAGAAAUGGAUAUGCCUCAUCCCAGAAACAUUGAGAAACCAAAGAGUUCUUCUAAUGAAGAAAAUGAAUCAAAACUUACUACCAACAUUGUGGAAUCAAGUAGCACAGAUCAAGAAAAAGUUCUUAAGAAACCGGACAAGAUUGUUCAAUGUCCAAGAUGCAACAGUUUCGACACGAAAUUUUGUUAUUUCAACAACUACAAUGCCAAUCAGCCUCGGCAUUUCUGUAGAAACUGUCACAGGUAUUGGACCGCCGGGGGAGCAAUGAGAAAUGUUGCUGUCGGGGCAGGUAGACGGAAGAACAAACACAUAGAUUCUCGAUAUCGCCACAAGAGAAAUGUUGAUACAACUGGUAACAAUUUUAGAGAAAACAGAGAUGAAGAAUCAUCGUCAUGUGUAUCUUCUGUGAUAAAUGGUUAUACUCGAGGAAACGAGUUAUCCGAAUCCGAACAUAAUAGGUCAAAAUAUUUGCAGAGUUACCCUUCAUCUUCAUGGAUGCUUCCUUUGAAUCAAAGGUGGAACAAUGUUACUUCCAUGGUUCAAUCAUCAAUGCAGAUGUGUAACAUUUUUGGCAUUGAUCCUAAUGCAAUGCAUUGGUGUCACGCGCCGAUUAUCGCAGUUACAAACAUAGAUGUACCUUUUCGUACCAAAGACUCUAAGAAUUGA